GAAAAGACACUGCACUUCAUUUUGUACAAAGGUCAGCAAAUCUAACACGCUGAUUGCGCUCGCUUGAUCAGCAGCAUGGGCCGGCUCAAUGGGAAGGUCAUACUGCUGUCAGCAGCAGCACAGGGGAUUGGACGAGCAGCUGCUAUAGCUUUUGCAAAAGAAGGAGCCAAAGUCAUUGCUACAGACAUCAAUGAGCCUAAGCUACAAGAGUUGGAGAAAUAUCCAGGCAUUCAAAUACGUGUUCUGGAUGUCACCAAAAAGGAGCAGAUAGAAAAUCUGGCCAAGGAGAUUGAAAAGAUUGACGUCCUCUGUAACAUUGCAGGGUUUGUUCAUCAUGGAACCAUUCUGGACUGUGAGGAUCAAGACUGGAACUUCACUAUGAACCUCAAUGUUCGCAGCAUGUAUCUGAUGAUCAAGACAUUCCUUCCUAAGAUGCUCAAACAGAAAUCUGGAAAUAUUAUAAAUAUGUCUUCUGUGGCAUCCAGCAUUAAAGGAGUUGUGAACAGAUGUGUAUAUAGUACUUCAAAGGCAGCAGUUAUUGGUCUAACAAAGUCUGUGGCUGCUGAUUUCAUUGAACAAGGCAUCAGAUGCAACUGCAUAUGUCCUGGAACUGUUGACACUCCAUCUCUGCAGGAAAGAAUCCAAGCUCGGCCUAACCCAGAACAGGCAUUGAAAGAUUUUCUAGCCAGACAGAGGACUGGUAGGAUGGCUACUGCUGAAGAAGUGGCCCAUCUCUUUGUGUACUUGGCCUCUGAUGAAUCUGCCUAUGUGACCGGUAAUGAACUAAUCAUUGAUGGAGGAUGGAGCUUGUGAUUGACCCUACUUGCAAAUGGAAAUUCGUACCACAAAAUGCAAAAAGUGAGGAUUGUGUUUCUUGGAUAAGAUAGUUGGCAGAGAUUUAGAUCACCCAUAUGAUGUCCUUCAAAACAAAUUUGGUACAUUUUUACUGUGAGGUGUUCUCUUUACCAAUUCACUUUUCCCUAAAUAGUGAAUACUGGAGAAAAAUAUGCUUCAUGUAGCUUCAAUUUCUGGUAACUCCAAGAGUAUGAGAGAAUAGCAAUUUAGCAUGUAAGAUUUCAGAAGGCAAAGAAUAUUAUUAAAGGUACAAAAUCUGAAUUAUGCUUUAAGCAAAUCUGAGCAAAAGUAAUUAAAUACUACCUUUAUUAUCUGAGCAAAAGUAAUUAAAUACUACCUUUAUUAUCAUCCUGCAAAGUACCUGGAAGCUAAGCAUUCACAAUUAGAUUUCCUACUAGCAUUGACAGACUGUCCUGAGAAAACAGGGCAACUAGUAUUAAAUCAUCCAAACUGAUCCUGAAUUAAGUGUGGUUUAAAUAGAAGAAGCAGAAAUAAUGACAAAUUUGAAGAUAUGAACAUUUGAAUAAUUUUGUUACUGGUAAUAAAUGUUUCUGUAUUAGAAAACAUACUAAUUGCAAAUUUCACUUGAAAGCAGAUUCUGUCUUGCAAAUUACAAAUUAAGUUCUUUCUGCUCUGUACUAUCAUUAGGAAAAUGGUUUACAACUGUAACAGCUGUAGAGAAGCACUCUGAAUUGUUGAAAAGAAUGUCCAGUGCCUGACAACACUUACAGAUCCAAAGUGGUCAGUGCGAGACAGUCAAACACUGUGGAUAUGUGGUAUAUGGGUGCACAAAACUUCCUGUGUAUACAGCAGAGGGUUGGUGUAGAUGCACAGCUGGUUUGUGCAACUGCCAUGUCCAUUUCCCACAUCCUGGGUAAGUUAGGUUUUUGAAAUCUGGAAAAGCAGUAGCACAAAAAGCAGGAUUGGCUUGUUGAUUGGCCCCUUUGUGAAGUUUGGGAGGGAUUUUUGUUUAAGCACAUAACUGCUUCAUGAAGACCAUGAUGUUUUCUUGAAGUAGAAAUAAUGGAGAGGAGCCUGCUCUAAAGCUUAAGGCUAAAGCUUGCAAAAUGUAGAAAACAUUAAAAUCAUGUGUAGUUCUGCAAUCACUUACAAAGCACAUUAACUAGUACAGAAGAGGUCCUAGUGGGAGAAAUGGAGACCAGAACUGUUUCAUUAGUGGUAUAGAUCACUCCUAAAUUGGUCUUGGAUGUAUCAUUACUAUAUUUUGUUUUUAUCCUUACAUGCACACAGAGUACUAUGCAAGGACAUCACUCUGGUAGGCAUGGAUGAGGUUAUAUGUGUGAGAAUUAUGCUUACAUACACAGGUGGAUCUCCAUCAAUAUGCUUAGACUUCUGGCACACAAGCAAAAGGAGUGGAUUUUACAGCUUUAGAUAGAGCAGAUAUAUUCCUCUUCAAAAAGAUGUACUGAUAUGGGACAAAUGUUGUCAAAUCCUUAUGCUAGGUGCUAGGCUUUGUAUUCUAUUGUUUGAUUGUUAAAUAUCAGUAUAGUUCAUGGUAAAACACAAGCCUAUUUCUCUGAAAAGGACUGUUUCUACAAGAGUUUGUGUAUGUUUUUAUUGUGAUAGCACAUGGUAGCUUUGAUUUAUGAAUCAGAAACCUAUUAACAGAAAGUCUCAUACUCUGGGGAAAAAAAGCCAUAAAUCCUGACCCAGAGAUCUAAGGCACUCAAUAACCUGAAUUCCAAAACUAUUUGUUUUGCUAAUAUACUAUUAAAAUGGCCAUGAAUGACAUAGGCUGGCCGUCUAUAAAUAAGGUUACCUUAAUAGACAUUGCAUGCAGCCCCAUUUAUCUAGUUUGUGAAUGAAGCUGUAUGUAAUUUCAUAUAUAUUCAUAUAUUUUAAAUACAUAUAUACAUGUUGGAGGAAUUAAAGAAUAAGUGUACUGAGUGUGAUUAAUCAGUAAUCAGAAAGCACAGGAGGAAACGUUGAAUAUUUUGUGCAUGUUUCUGUAACUGCCAUGUUUUUUAAAAUUACCGUUUAAGAUUUUCAGUAUUAGCUGAAACAUUAAUAAAAAUUAUUUGAUUUCAAAGAUGA